GCGCCCCGCCGCCCCGGCCCACCCGGGGACGGAGCCCCGGGAGGGGGGCGAGCACGGCCCGGGGAGCGUCCGAGCCCGCGGCUGCGGCCUUCGGGGACACCCGGGCACGGCGCGACCAUAUGGCAGCGCCCGGCGGGCCGCGGCCGCGGGAGGGGGACACGGACGGGGGUCCAGGUUCCCAAUGGCUCAGUUGGGCGCAAUUGUGGCUGUGGCUGUGAGUUUUUGCUGUGCGUCUAUCUUCUCAUCUGUGCACAAAAUUGAAGAGGGACAUAUCGGGGUCUAUUACAGAGGCGGUGCUCUGCUGACCUCCACCAGCGGCCCCGGUUUCCACCUCAUGCUCCCUUUCAUCACCUCGUAUAAGUCUGUGCAGACCACACUGCAGACGGAUGAAGUGAAGAAUGUGCCUUGUGGGACUAGUGGCGGCGUGAUGAUCUACUUCGACAGAAUCGAAGUGGUGAACUUCCUGGUCCCGAAUGCAGUGUAUGACAUUGUGAAGAACUACACCGCCGACUACGACAAGGCCCUCAUCUUCAACAAGAUCCACCACGAGCUGAACCAGUUCUGCAGCGUCCACACGCUUCAGGAGGUCUACAUCGAACUCUUCGAUCAGAUCGACGAGAAUCUGAAACUGGCCUUGCAGCAGGACCUGACCUCCAUGGCUCCGGGGCUUGUCAUCCAGGCCGUGCGAGUGACAAAACCCAAUAUCCCGGAGGCGAUCCGCAGGAAUUAUGAGCUGAUGGAGAGCGAGAAGACGAAGCUGCUCAUUGCAGCACAGAAGCAGAAGGUGGUGGAGAAGGAGGCCGAGACGGAGCGGAAGAAAGCCCUCAUCGAGGCAGAAAAAGUGGCGCAAGUGGCAGAAAUCACCUACGGGCAGAAGGUAAUGGAGAAGGAGACUGAGAAGAAGAUUUCAGAAAUUGAAGAUGCGGCCUUCCUGGCCCGGGAGAAGGCCAAGGCGGACGCUGAGUGCUACACCGCCAUGAAGAUAGCUGAAGCCAAUAAGCUGAAGCUGACGCCGGAGUACCUGCAGCUGAUGAAGUACAAGGCCAUCGCCUCCAACAGCAAGAUCUACUUUGGCAAAGACAUCCCGAACAUGUUCGUGGACUCUGCAGGCGCGCUGGGCAAGGAGUUUGAGGGACUCACGGACAAACUGGGCUUCGCCUUGGAAGACGAACCCUUGGAGACAGACGCAGGAGAGAACUGAACACGUUUCCUCAGCCUCAGAUGACACUUGAAGAGACCUUUAGUUUCUACUGACGAGCCAGGACACCCCUUCCUCCCACAAUACCUUUUCUGAUGCUCUUCCGCUUCACUGUGGGGCAAAAACAGAAGAGAAGGCUUGAAAUCUGGUCCCCUAGGGCAGGGAUUGAUGAUUUGGGGUCUCCAUCAGGUAAGUGGGUUCCACGACUGCUCUCACAAUCUGUGGCUUUGACCUUUCAGUGGCGGACACUAAUUUUAGCCCUUUGCUGCUGGCUUACGUAGGGAAGGUGCUGGGGCAUGGGAGAAGUACUGGGUGUUGCGCCAGGCCACUAGAAUCCCCUUCCGCAAACUCCCCGUGUGGCUCGAGGCCCUGUCCUGGCUCCAGGUGGGAGAUGCCCAGGCGUGAGCCUCAGCGGUGAGCAGGCGCGUGAGCUCAGUGCAGUCGUGAGCUCUUGGACUCGGCUCCGCUCAGUGCCGCUUUCUCUAACCCUGGGCCGGGGCACCAGCUGUCCCACUGCAGCCCUCCUUGCCCUGCGACUCAGGAACGGUGGGUUUCUGACUGCGUUUCCGGAGUCAGGGUUUGGUCACCACCACAAAACUCUUUUUUAAGACUUUCCUCCCUUUUGUGAUUCGGUGUGUGUCCCCCCCCCCCCCCCCCCACUCCCGCCCCCAAGCUUGUCCGUUGGUUCCACUCAGCAUUCAGAAGAUAUGAACACACAGCUCAGGCGUCGUAUGGCUGCUGGAGUGGGGUCCUUCUCCUGUGUCCUGGAGACGGCGCGUCUUUAUUGUUGUGGCAAGUCUGCGUCACCCAAAGGCUUGCCUCGUCCUGAUGCCCAUGGUGUGUGCUGGGCAGCCCCCACCCUGUAUAACACCCAGAGGAGCGUGGGGCAAGAGAGAUGGGCACUUGCCUUGCUGUGGCCCGCCCAGUUUGAUCUCAGCACGGCACAUGGUUCGCUGCUGAGCAUCAGAGGGACUGAUCCCUGAGCAUAGCUACCUCUGGGUGUGGCCAGAAACCAAAAAUAAAGCAAGCGUUUUCUCCACGUAGCAUGCACUACUGGACCCUGGGUUCUGGCCAGCGGCCGGGCAAGGCAGAGCGGAGUCCGUACCCACUGCAGCAAACCCGUUCAGAUGUUUUUUGUGUCAUUGCUAAUGGGGAUAUUUCUGAGGCGCUCUGGGGGGUUGGGGAUGAGGGCGCACAUCCGUGAAGGAAAGGCGUUCGCAUAGCAGGCUGGGGCACGCGGACGGGCACUCUAUGUGACUCCCGCUCUUGGACUAGUGCUCGGUGAGGGUCACCCUCCGGAGUCAUCUUGCAAAGUGCCGGGAUUCACUGCCACAAUCUUUGGCUUCAGAUUUGUCCCUACUGGGCCAGAGCGACAGUGCAGCAGGCAGGGUGCUUGCCUUGCAGGUGGCCAGCCUGGUUCGAUCCCCAGCAUCCCAUAUGGUCCCCCAAGCACCACCAGGAAUGACCCUGAGCAAGAGCCAGGAGUGAACCGUGGCCUGGAAGGUGUGGCCCGUGUAACACAGACCUGUCCUGGGGAGCGUGUGCUUGGCAUGCAAGAGGUUGGGGUUCAGCUCCCGCACACUGCCCGGAGCGACCCUAAACCAGUGUGGCCCGAGAGCAGCCGCUCGCCAUUGCCAGCUAUGACCCAAGAACUUUUUUAUAAAAUAAGAUAAUGUGGCCUUGUUAUUAGCUCCAAGCGCCCCUCCAAGCUGGCCCUGGACCCCUCUUCCCUCACUGAGACUAGGGGUGAUGCUCUGGCACGACCCACACCUCACACUUGGGCCAGGCCCGGUCCUCUGGCUCACCUGUUGGCCCCAGCUCCGACAGCUCGCCUCUGACAGCACCAGGUUGGCCGGGAGUGUGGGGAGCAUUCAGCCAGCCUAGGAAGAAACAAAAUGUGAAUUCCUCACGACAUAAAUUUGCUUCUCCAUUCCUCGUUCCGGAGACUUCGGUUUCAUACCGCUGGUCCUUGUCACACGCAGGACCAGAGUUUAGGGGACCAGAGUUUCUAGAUGUGAUGGAUUAUAGUGCAGAAGGAAGCUUGAGAGCCGGGUCGGGUGUCCACUGCAACCAUAAUGGACCCCUCUUCCAUCUCGGUGUCACCGGGUACUUGUUAGGAGCCAUACAGCCCAUCCAGCGUCCCCAGUUGACUUGUCUGCGCAUCUGCCCGGAGUCUGAGUCAGGACAAAGAGCGCGUUUCCCCAUAGAGGAAGGAGCGAGGCUGUCUCUGAGUGUCUGUGUGUCGAGCAGCACUGCCACGUGGUUUUUUAACCUGAAAGUCUAAACUUGUGACAGCAUGUCCUGUGCACGAGUCAGUCUUUGACCACACAAAAGAAACCAACCCAAAGUCCUACUCAGCUGGCCCUCCCUGUCACUGCUGCUUCCUGAAUGCAGAUAGCGGGCCCUGUGGUUUAACCCUGGGGCUGCCGGUACCAGCAUGGGGGUAAGCUCAUGGAGUCAGCCGUUGGCUUCACCGGGACAACGAGCCCUUCUGUCUGUCUGUCUGUCUGUCUGUCGGACAGUUUCUGAUCUUACAUUUGAAUUCUAAACAUGUAAACUGUGACAGCCUGCAAUGUCGCGGGCAGGAAAGUCAUGGCUGCUAUUUAUACGUGUGGGUAACUUUAUAAAAUUCCGUUUUUGUAGGAUUUUCCAAGGAAAAGUCACCUUGCUGAAUGUUUCUCACUCAUACUUUGCAGAAAUGAUUCAUAUUCAGUCCUGUUUUAAAACGCUUUUUUAGUCUGAGGACAGAAUGCUUGCAAGGAAGCCAAAGUUCGUUGAUGAUUUUUAUAUGACUUGAAAAAAAAAAUUAGAGGGAUCUGUGAUCAGCUUAAGUGAAAGGAGGAAAAAACAUAUCAUGGGAGGAAUUUUAGCAAGAUACUGAUUUUUUUUUUUUUAAGUACGAAACGGGGCUGUGUUACUGCUCAGUAGCACAUUCUCUGUGCUUGUGGGGCCAGACUUGAGCUCGGCCCCGAAAGAAAGAGGGAGACUCACCCAUGAUCGUGUGUGGCUUCUCUGGGUCUGUGUGUCUCAGCAGUGCUGGCUUUCCUGUGUACAGUGAGCAGAUAGUGAAAGUAAGACCCUUACAUUUACCGUCUUCCUUGCUUAAGUUCAGGGCGAAACCUCUCUGCAGUAGAGGCUCUGUGCCCGGCACCUUCCGCUAUCCUCCGGUUCUGUUCAGAAGUGUCUCCGCUCCAUCCUGCUGUUUCCUUACGGGAGAGACACUUGCCCAUCAUUUUGUUUGUAUUUCUAUUACUUUUUAUUUCUGCUUUCGUGUAAGCUAGUGAUUGAGUAGUCAAACUUCGCUUUCUAAGAGCCCCAGUGAUUUGACUUUGUAACAGAGAAGUAAUUCUUGUUAUAAUAAUCACUCUGUAAAUGAUGCGCUGAAUUAAUUGCCAUGGGUUGAUAGUUGGAGAAGUCAUUUGGGCAACAAAUGCUAUGGUAUGAAUUUAUGUCUUAGUUUUGUUUUCAGUCUUGCUAAAUAAAAUGAAUCUUUGUAUUUA